CCUCCAACGUUUGAGAGGCAGCGCUCGCGCAGGGAGCUGCGGCAGUCAGGUCCACGUUGAGGAUCAACAUCUACCUGGUUUCUUUUUCUCUCUCUACUGGAGGACAGCGACACAAUUUAACUUCAGUUAUCAACAAUGACGUUCAGGAGGCUGAAGAAGGUAAACUCCAGCGGGCCGGAGAGCGGAUCCGCAUCCCAAGACAGCGACAUUUACUUCCCUUCGUCAAAGUCGGACAGCUGCAGGACAGUGGACUUACCGACUAACUCCUCAGAGGUUUAUAACUACAAGACACUGGCGUACUCCGGUGGGACGCUGCCCAGAAACUUAAAAAAGGGUGGCGGGCCACAGAAAUGGAAACCCCUAACACAGUCACCGGAACCACAAAGGAAGAUGGUGGUCGUGGAGAAAAAAGAAGAGGAAUCAUUUGGCUUUGAGAUUCAGACUUACGGCCUCCACCAACAGGACCAAAACUCUGUAGAGAUGUGCACAUUUGUGUGUAAGGUGCACGAAGACAGCCCGGCCCAGCGAGCAGGACUUAAAGUUGGAGACACUAUUGCAAGUGUGAACGAGGCCACUGUGGAGGGAUUUCGACACAAGGACAUCGUUCAGCUCAUCAGGGCCUGCGGCAACACGCUCCGGCUGGAGACGGUUUACAGUGACUCAAUCCGAAAAGCUGAGCUGGAGGCGCGGCUGCAGUAUCUGAAGCAAACUCUUCAUGAGAAAUGGGAUGAAUAUCGCUCGUUGAUGGUUCAGGAGCAGAGGCUUGUUCAUGGCAUAGUGAUGAGUGAUGCUGCAGUGUACGAGUCCCUGGAGUCAGCAGGCAUCUACGGCAGCCUUGGCGCUCCAAGCCCUGCAGCUCAGAGGGCGCUCCGCUGCACCGGCAGCACCAGCAGCAGCGCCAGCUUCCUCAGCACUGCAACCGAGGACGACCCUCUCUACCAAACCUGCCUGUUCAAUGCCGACAGCAAUGCGGACUCAGAUAAUGUCGAGAAACAGAAAGAGAAACAGCUGCCGCAGAAGCAGCAGCGUCUCCGACCGGCCAGCGAGUUCUUCGCUGUGGCCAAGACUCAGCUGACCCGCAGCGCCAGCACUCGCAGCUACAUGAGGGGAUCUUCGUCGUCAUCGUCGUCCACCUCGGGAGAGAAACCGGGAGGAUUGGGCUCGCUGCAAAGGAAACCCAAACAGAAGAGCUUCCGCAGGCGUCUCCUUAAAUUCAUCCCUGGCUUGAAUCGACCGCUGGAGGAAGAGGAAAGCAAGCUGUGAGCAGCAAACAGAGCUGUUCAACCAAACUCUAGAGGACAGACCAAAAAAACAAUCCGUGUCAAACUAAACCAAAGAUAUCAGCAAGUUGCCCCAAAGAGUGAAGCGUUUGGGAGCAAAGCAAACUGGCUGAAUAGCUGCACCUCACCCUGGAUGGACCGAUGAACAAUUGGCUACAUUCGGUAGUUUUCAGUGUUUCACAGGUGUACAUAACUUUUGUUUCUGUUUAUCUUGAUUUUUAAGUUAUUUAUUUAUUUCUACAUGUUAUGUUUAUAUACAGAAUGAAAAAUAUUUCUUUUUUUUCUGCACACAAAACUUUUCUUUUGACAUAUGAAGAAAAAUCCCACCAUAAUUGUAACUGUAAUUUGUAAAAGACAAACUUGUUGAUGACCUGCAGUGAGUCAGAUCCUGUUUUAUUUUUAAACCGAGUUAAUGGUUCCUAAGAAUAAAGUAUGUGGCAUUUG